CCUUUGCCACUUCUUCUUCACGUUCUUCUAAACCUCCCUGAAACUUCUUCCGACCUCAAUGGAAGCCUCAGGAAAGUAUGACUUUAUCGCAACAGAGGACGAGGAGCUCAGCUUCAGAAAGGGUGAUUUACUAAAGAUUAUAAAAGUUGAAGGUGAUUGGUGUAAGGCGGAGAUGAACGGACGGGAAGGAUAUGUACCACAUAACUACAUCGAUUUCCAGAUUCCGGGGUGGUUUAAGGAGGACGCCAGUCGCAGUGCUGCAGAGGACAUACUCAAGUCCAAAACUGUCGGGGAGUUUCUGAUCCGAGGGUGCCAAACCUCCCUGGGGGAUUUCUCCAUUUCUGUCAAACAUGAGAAUGACGUCCAGCACUUCAGAGUGAUGAGGGACAACAAAGGCCAGUACUUCCUGUGGCAGGAGAAGUUCACCUCCCUCAACAAGCUGGUGGAGUUCUACAAAACCAACACCAUCUCUAAAAGCAGGGUGAUUUACCUCAACGAUGGCAGCCUCAACGACAGCAAAGGGUUCCCCUCCCCAUCCCAGCCGGUGAAGAGGGGGAGUUUGCCUGAGCAACGUACAACACCAGCUUACAAUACGGCUCCACGCAGAUCUUCAGACCAGAGUCCCAGCUCGGUGGGCAGAAGACCCGAGCUGGAGGUGCGAGCGCAUACGAUCGGCCACACAGGAAGAAACAGUCCUUCUACUUCGGCUCAGCCUCUGAGACGCACCUCUGAAACCUUGCCUCUGCCUCAGAGACCAUCCACGCUGCAGGUGAGGGCACUCUACAAAUUCACCGCAGAGGAAGACGACGAGCUCGAAUUUUCCGCCGGCGACAUCAUCGACGUGGUGGAUAACUCCGAUGCGUCGUGGUGGAGAGGCAGGCUGAGAGGAUCGACUGGGCUGUUUCCCGCAAACUACACAGAGCAGCUGUAAGGAAACGCCACAGGCGAUGAUUUUAAAACGCCUGCGUGCGUUCAGACUCGAUCUGCGGCUGCGUCAGCUCUUGACGGGUUUCUGAACGUGAACCAGCAGGCUUCUGUAUGUGCUGCGUGUCAGCCUCCUACCAGAGGACUGAGGCGGUGCAGCUUUAUUUACAAAGGAGCAGAGACACCUGCAGGAACUUCCUACAUGUUCACCUGGCACACAGGAAAUCCUGCAAAUGAUGCCUGAGGAUGUUGUUUGUAUCAUGACGUGUCCGUAAGCAUGUUGUCUGAAUGCUUGCUGGCCAGGCUGCUGAUGAUUGGACUGUCUGCUCACUUUUGACACAUUUUUAUCAAAAAAUGUUAUCGACUUUUUAAAUAAACUUGUUUUUUAUCA